UUCGUUUUUAGUAGGCAGGGGAAGUACAGGGGUCAGACAGAUUUUAGCAAGUGACAAUUCACGACAUGGAAAAUGGCGAAUUAGGGGAAAAACCUGAUAGAGCUGUUUUCGCUAGAUAAGAUAACGAGAAUAGAACGAAUAAUGAAGACGCAAAUCUGAAAUAUGAAAAGAAAGAGUUUUCACUCUUGAUCACAUUUUGUGGACAAUUUGAAGAAAAGCGUAGAAAAAUCAAGUGAUCUGGCAUUAUGUUGUCCACAGCAAGAAAUCCAAAAUUUGACCAAGCUCAGGAUGAAUUAGCUUGCCUGAGCUUUUUAGAUAAGUUUUUCAAUAGUGGUAAUGAUACAUCUCUGAAACUGAAUGUAUGUGCCUUACAUGAAGCUUUAUAUAGUCUUUAUCUAAAGGAAAACAAGGAAAAAAUACUGGCUCUGUACUUCCAUAAUCAUGAAACUGAUUUCUCAUUGGAAUUUUGCAAUAUAUUGGCUAAUAAUGAUGAAGCAAAAAAUCUUCUGGACUCUCAUUUCAUUAUACAUGGUCUGGAUGUGGGAGAAGACAUGUAUCAAAAUGACUUGAUAGAAAAGUUUGCCAGUUUAUUUCAGUUAACUCCUUGUGUGGACAUGGUGAGAAAAAAACAACCAGCCGUAUUUUUCAUUGCUGCUGUUGAUAUGGACUUCCAAAUUUGUACAGUUUUACGGGAUAUUCCAUCCUUGCACAACAUAACAACCACCAUGUCGCUGUUAGUGGAUAGUAUGUUUCAAGAAAAUAUGUUACAGACAAAUGAAGCUACUGACAAAAGUAUGGAUACUGAUGAUGAUCGUGGGUAUGGGGAGUUCCAGCAGAAAAUGUUUGAAUGGAUGGGUAAUCGGGAUUAUGAUCGAUUUGAAGCGAAUGAGUUGGAUAGUCUGAAGGAAAAAAUAUCCUUUGCUUUGUUCGGUAUGCCUGUUGAAGAAUCCGGGUAUUCAGAAAAACAGAAAGAAGAAACCCAAAAAAUGUACGACAUUAUUUUGGAAACAAGCAACGAGUUCUCCGAAUAUGAAAACCAAGUGACCAUGGCUAUUUUGUACAACUGCCUGAUACCUGUAGAUUCGAGCUCGGACCAGCAAUUCAGCCCGGUCCCAAUAUUUAUACUCCGCAAGUGUACAUCGGCCGAGAAUCCAUGCCGUAUAAUUAUAGAUCACACAAGGAGGGUCUACAAAAGUUGGAGUAGUUAUCUUGAGGAUAACAAAUUUUGCGAGUGUUUGAUGGUGGUUCCAGAGGAUGGUCGUUAUAUAGAAGAUGAAAACGGCAGAAUCAAACUGCAAAAAUUGGCAUCGCCUGCUUGCCAAAUUGGGCAUAAAAUAUUGAAAGUUACUGAUAUCACGACUUCCGUCUUGGGCAUUGGUUCUACAGGUGUAAUGGUAGCGGCGGCUGUGCCUGCUAUAACAAUUGCCCCAUUUGCUCUUCUCGGGGCUGCAGCCGUAGGAGCUGGAGUCGGGGUGUACUCUAUUGGAAGGAGUAUAUCUACUCUCGUCGAUCGAGGAUUGCAUAAAGAGAGCCUGAAAGUUACCGAAGCAGAAUCCAGGGCUGCUUACCUCAAUAUUGCAGCAGGAGUGGUUGGAUUUGCCGGAGCUGGUGCGAAUGUGGCUGUGUCGCAACUUGCAGCGAAUGGAGUUACAGUGGGAACGUCUGCCAGGAUCGCUGUGAAUACUUUGGGAGUAGCAAAUAUAGGCAUCAGCGGUCUGGCCGUUUCUAAUUCUGCGGUUGAGAUCUUCAUGCAGUGGUGGGUGAAUGACGAAACACCCUCAGCACUCUCGAUUCUCCAGUUGAGCACUUCCAUUCUUUUCUUCGGUCAUGCAGUGUAUAAUUUCAAAACGGCAGGAGCAAUUAUCGAGGAAACCCAGACCAAUACCAUGAAGGAUUUCAAAGACAGUUUGGGGAGCAAUAAACAAAGAAAAAUGUUCAGGAAACUGGAACUGGAAACGAUCAGACAGAACGGGGGCAAUGUGCAAGCGGGCAGAGCCGAAGUCAUCUCCGCAAUUUCAAGAUUGAGGGACAAAUCGGAGGUCUUCAGCUUCUUGUCGAAGAAUAACAAGAUAUUCAACGAGAAGGGGGUGAAAUUUUCCGCGAAGGGUGGUCAGAUCACCUUCAACGGUGUAGUCGUAGACUUGAAGGAGAUAAGUUCGAUGUCUUGGAAGGACUCUUGUACCUAUUUCUCCAAUUUACCGAAAAGUUCCACCGAACACGUUCCUACUGAGGGUGGUCAUUUUACGGUCAAUCUUCAAGCGAUGAUGACCAUAGAUAGCGCGAUCGCUUUCUUGAAAAUCAUCGUGGGGCCAAUAUCCUUGCGCGAAAAGCUUUACUUGAUCCUGUCGGAGGUUUUUUAUUAUUUGAACGUUCGUCAGGCUGAAUUCAAGCUGAUCGAGAUCCUGCAAGAGAUAUUUCCGAAUGGGCGCCAUUUCAUCGCAAUGACUAAGAUGGUCUUGGCUUUUAUCCAGAAGAAGGCCGAACUUAUUCAAUCCGAGGGCGAUUCUGACCACUCGGACAACUUGGAUCGGAUUCUGUUGAAGUAUUUCAAGGAUUUGGACGAUUGUCAGAAGAAAUUGGUUCUGAUCCAGCAUGUCUGCGACGCUUUGCUGUUGGCAUUUCAGAACAAUAGGAGCAACUUGGAAGAUCUUUUGAGGUUCUGUAUAGAUUGGGUCAUGAACGCUUAUAUAGAGCACGUCGAGAGGACUGAUCGCAAUGAAACAGUCCAGCAGGGUGUUAAAAAGGAAAAAGUUGUGAAAUGCACAGAGUGCGAGGGGCAGUAUUUCGAGGCUUAGGUUAAUUUUGAAAUUGUUUCAACUGUGAAGUACAUAUAUUUCCAAAUCCGUAGUAUUUUUUAUUGGAUUAGUCUUCGCACAACAAAAAAAUUUAUUAGAGACGUAGGAGUACUUGUAAAACAAAUCACGGUAGUUUCAGAACGAAUUUUCUAGACCAAUCAAUAUUUUUCUAGCUAACCUUUACAUUAGAAAGCAUAUUUGGAAAGAUGUAGCCGAAAAUUUUGAAACCGAUUAAUAUUGAACUAACAGUAUUCAAUUAGAAAUUGAAUUUAAAAAAUUAAGUGCUUCUUUGAUGCAACAAAUACAUAUCAAUAAAAUUCUUGAUUGCUUUGUUAGAUUUUUUCGAUUUGCGAUGAAAAGAUGUUCCUUAUUUUUAGGCCAGUGAUCUUAGAAAUUUUUUGUGAUAAAAUUAAUAACUUAAGCGUUUACAAGUAUUUAAAAUGAAGUACGAAAGCCUCGACCUUUGAAAAAUGAUGUGACGUAGGGGUUUAAUUGUGUGAUGAUUGUACUGAAUUUUUUUUCUAAGGAACUCGAACGUUUCUUGGAUAAUUGUUGAAAUUUUUGAUUUAUUCCAAAGAUUUAUCGCCAGAAUUGUUUGAUGUGAUUAAAUAUUGUUUAUAGGCUUAAAUAAUAAAAGUUAUAUUGAGUA